AUGCCUGAGUGCGGCCAUGGUGACUACCCGUACUGCGGCCUCGUCGGCUUGCCCACGAUGUUCUGCUGCGAAAAGUCACACGACUGCCUCGCACUCGCCGACAACACCACGAUGCUUUGCUGCCCCGGAGGAGCCGACUGCACGCAUAUCAGUCCCAUCACCUGCGACAUUGGCAUGCAGGAUGUCAAUGCGGACCCCUUCAACAUGGUACCAGAGAUCCAGACGAUCGACUUCGAGGGACCACUGCCAGCGUGCGGGAAAAACGGAUGUUGCCCCUGGGGCUUCCAUUGCGAGGACGACAGCCGAUGUGUGAUGAACGAUGACCAGUCCAUCAAACCACACCCCGAGAAUAACCCCGACGCUGCCACUGAAACCUACUUUCCGCCUUCAUCGACUGGGCUGACCACUGACACCUACAUUCCGCCUUCGUCGACCGAGACUUUCUUCUCGACCGUGUCGGAUUCCCCUUCGAGCACAUCGACCCGGACUUAUGUCUCGCUCGUGUCGAAUUCACGUUUGGGCACAGCGACUGUCACCGUCCCUGCAGAUACCAGCCUACCUACCGUCAAACCUGUCGAUUCUGUCGCACCUGUCACCUCGAACCCGGCUGCGCAGCCUUCGGAAAGCCACUUGAGCACUGCCAUCAUCGUCGGGAUCGCUAUCGGCGGAUUUGUCGCUAUCCUCCUCGUUGUCCUGCUCGCAUUUCUGGCCCGACGCCGCCACAAAUCUAAGAAGAAGGCGAUAAGUGGUGCGACGCGCGAGAAGGAGACAGGACCCGCUGCCGAGGGCCUGCUGGACGCAAAGGGAAAGCCCGCGGAGCUCCCUGUGGUUGAGGUCACGAACGAGAUUGGAGGUACCGAAGUCGCACGGCCGACCGCGGUGACCACCUCAGCAUCCGCACAGAGAUACGAGUUGGAGUGA